CUUUAUUCUAUGCUCAUUACAAGAAACAACACCCAGAUAGUCCAAGAGCUCUCGUACACUUUCAGAGACAUUUGUGCAUCUGAUACAGGUUUUUAAAAAUUGCAAAGAGAGAGGUUAAAUAUGAAGGUUCAACUGCUUGUUUUGCUGAUCACCCUCGCUGGAAUCAGUGCCACUCCAACCAGCAGACUCUCAUGCUACAAGAAGAUUUUAAGGGACCGAAACUGCCAUAAUAUCCCCGAGGGGGUGGACGGUCUUACACCCCUACAUGGAGAUCUUCAGGACCACUUCUGGGAGGGAAAUGGAUGUGAGAUGGUCUGUUACUGCAACUUUAAUGAGCUUUUCUGUUGUCCAAAGGAUAUAUUCUUUGGACCAAAAAUAUCCUUUGUGAUUCCCUGCAACAAGCCGUGAAAUAUCAGGCCACCAUCUGAAGAAAAAACUGUUAGCAAAGGUUAUGUGAUGCUCUAAGGGGAAGUGUAGAGAAGACUUGAUGCUGACCUGGUUGCAGCUUUCCUCUCUAAAAGAACCCCCUGUUGGUGACCUGUAAUUACCAAUGGGAUUCCAUGCUGCCUGUGUUGUUUGCUGUUAGCAUAACAUUUUCUUUGUGUGAAUAAUUUGCUCCUGAUAUCUGAAUCCCUCUGUAUAAUAUAGUUUUAUUCAUCUUAAGCAACUGUUACUAUAAAGGAUUACCAUUUUAAUGUAUCCAAUAAAGUCUUGAUGUGUA